UGAGGCAGGGGUACUUCCUUGUCCACGCCACUAUCAAAACAUUGUGCGCAAUGAUCCAUCCUAAACGUGACGACUUUCUCUGAAUCUUCAUCCUAUUUUACAGGAUAUACUGUAUUAGGACGUAUUUUCUGCUCUAUUUACUAUAGGCCACUUUGCACUAUGCUUCAGUUGAACGACACAGUGGAACCGGAGAGUCCGGGGGCUGCAGUUCUGCACCCAGCGGAGACUGAGGAUGGGGUCGAGGUUGCCUUCACGCCACCGGGGGCCGGAGGAAGUCUUGGAUAUGGUUCCUCCGUGGCAUGCUGCUCUCCCUUACAAACACUGACGCCUUUUCAUGUUCAUAACCCCACAAUGCAAGCGAAAGUGAAGGAGUAUUUCGUCUUUAGGCCUGGUACCAUUGAACAGGCAGUGAGUGACAUCCGGACAGUGGCGCUGCCUUCAGAGGAUGGAGAGGUAUUGAGCGUGUGGCUUCUGACGGAAGUAGAUCAUUGGAACAAUGAAAAGGAGAGGCUGGUUCUCAUUACUGACAGGUCGCUGUUGGUGUGCAAGUAUGACUUCAUCAACCUGGUGUGUCAGCAGGUCAUAAGGAUCUCCCUCAAGGCUGUAGACACCAUCUCAGUGGGAGAGUUUGAGUUCCCGCCCAAAUCCCUCAACAAGUUCCACAGGAGAGAGGGCUAUGGGAUUCGUGUCCAGUGGGACAAGCGUCCACGUCCCUCAUUCAUGAACCGCUGGAACCCUUGGUCCACAGACAUGCCCUACUGUACCUUCACUGAGCACCCCAUGGCCCAUGCUGAUGAGAAGGUGGCCUCUCUCUGCCAGUUGGAUAACUUCCGGACCCAGCUGGUACAAGCAGUUAAGAAGGCCCACAAGGAGUUCCCUAUCCCUGGGCGAGCCAAUGGCGUCCUGAUCCUGGAGAGACCCCUCCUUAUUGAGACCUACCUGGGCAUCAUGUCCUUUAUCAACAACGAGGCCAAGCUGGGCUACUCGAUGACUCGGGGAAAGAUUGGCUUUUAACAACAUUCAGGGAGCUCUUCACUACAGUAUGAGGCUCAUUGUGUGUGUUGCUCUCGUGUGAUGCCCAUUACCCCUCUUUGCUCUUUAUGCUAGUGUCACACCGUGUUACAGAGUGGUUGUGUCAGCCUGGCACCUUUGCGUAAAAGUGUCACACACCACUGUCAAGUCAUGUCCGCUGGUCUGUCUCCACUCUGCAUAGUGAAUUAUUUUCAUGUUUUCCCAUGAUGUUGGUUCUAGGCAGGGGGUACUGUGAUGGUCACUUUCAGUAUUUGUGUGCUUGGGAAACAUUGCUGAGUGUACAGCGUUAAGCACUUGUUGCCAUACUGAAUGCUAAAUGGACAAAGCUUACUUGACUGAUGCUUCUAGGUUGAUCAGUGAGUGAGCGGGUACCUAGAUUGUUACAAUACAUCUAGGCUCAGGUCUGGUCCUGCAGGAGAGUCAGGAGGGAAACAUGCUUAAGGGGUCAUUUAAAACUGCUUAAUUUCUCAUAGAACCAAGCGGGUGGUUUUAGAACUUUUAGCCUGCAUAUGGGCACUGAUGUCUUGGCAGAUUUGUAUGUAACAGAAGGAAUUGGCUGUGUGAGUAGGCCAAUAUUGUUUUCUGCAUGAAAAAGUCCCAAAUAUUUUGAGUGUAAUAUACACAGAAGAUUCUGUUGUACAUCAAGUAAUGCUUACCUUUUUGCCAGUUACUUUUAACACAAUCAUAAAACAAUGUAGUCAGCCGUCUGAGUUGAAUGCAGUCUAUCUGCUGCUGCUCAAACAACAAAUGUUACAUAGCCGUAUCUGUUAGUGGUUAUGCUAGGAUAGGGUGGCGCUUAUGAUUCAGAAGCGUGAUUGGGUUCACGCUUACACAUUUAACAUUACAAUGACAAGUAUAUUCAGGGUUAGCUUGACCUUUGACACAGAAUACACUUUUGAAUUUAUGAUGGAUAAAAAUGAAGGCAUAAGGAAGUCUGUACAAGUCUGACAGGCCGAUCGAACCCAUCUAUCUGUUUACAAGAGUUGCAUCUGGAUUAUGAAGUUUUAAACUGUGAUGUGCCACCUGCUUCAACAGUACUGUAUGCUGUUUGUGCUACCAAAGGUGAAAGGAUAUCAUGCUUAACCUCUUAAUUACAUUGUCUGUUAAAAGGCCUUUUUAAUGAUCUUAAAUUGUUCUGCAUGUUUUAAAUAUUGAGGUUGCAUGAAGUCUCUUUCUCAACAAAAUUUGGGACUGGUAACAAUAAUUUACUAGUUCCUUGCCUAUAUUGUAACAGUGACUAUGCACAUCUGAAUAACAUUUGAUAAAAGAAUAGCCAGAAAAUAUUUACUCCUGUGUUUUCAGUCUUGAGUCACUUUAAAGAGCUACUGUAAAAUGUGUAAAUGUUUUGGUUUUUGACAUUUAUCUGUAUGGAGUAUCCACUUUACUAUUAUUCCUCAAAAGUUUGCUAAAAGAAAACACAAAGUGCAAUUCUAAACAAUUUGUUUUCCUUCGUUAAUGGCUUGAUCAAGGUCAAUGUUCAUUUUCAGACUACAGAUUGACUAAAUGAAGUUUCAUUCUGCACAAUAUCGUAAAUUGCUAAUUAAACACAUUAAAACUUCUUGA